AUGAAGAGGAUGCAAGAGCCUUCUGAAAGGAAGUCAAAGAAGAAGACUCUGAUGCUGGAAGAAACGUUAGAAACCAGACCGCCUGUGCCUCUGGACUCCUCUGCUUCAAGUAAGUCAGUUCCCUCUGACACUCCUUUAAACUCUAAUUUAAAGCAACUAUCUUCCUCUCUACCUCAACCAUCUUCUACCUACACCAACUCUGAACCUCACAACUCUAACCCACCCUCCCCUCCCCUCCAACUAUUAAUGCUCACCACCAUAACACUCCCUGUUUCUGAGGCUUUACUUCUAAAUGAACCCAUCUCACCUCCCUUUUCAACUUCCUCCUCUCCACCUUACUAUGACAUAUCCUCUGACCCUGACCAACCAGAAACCAUUAAUCCUCCAUCUCCAACAUUAGCUCAACUCCAAGCCAACGUACUAUCUAAUCAAACCCCAUAUGUGCCAGAAACCUCAAUGCCUUCCCCAUCUGAACCUCAAACAGUAUCACCAUCUGAACUUCCCACUGAACCUACAUCUGAAACCCAUACUACACAAACCUCUGACCCUCCCACUGAAACCACCCCCACCUCACUAGAACCCAUCAAUCCAGCCUCUGAACCUGAACCAACCUUCCCCACUCUGGAAGAAUGGAUGACAUCUGAGGUAUUCAAGUUAAAUGGUCUCUCUCAACAAGUUAGAAAUGACUAUAUCAGAGAAGCUGAGGAAAGGCUAGAGGCUCAUCUGGCCAGAGAAGCUGAAGAGAAAGCUCACCAGGAAGCUAAAGAAAAGGCAAGACUGGAAGUUGAAGAGAAAGCAAGAAAAGAAGCAAAAGAAAAGGUCGCCACUGAGGCUGUUGCUGCUGAAGUUGAAUCCAAACCCAAGGCUGGCGCUGAAGAAGCAGCACGCAUUGCUGCGGAAGAAUCGGCCAUGGAAAAGGAAGUGGCUCUGACUCAGGGCUUGGAACAGGGUGUUGCUUUGAGGUGUGUGUUCCACUGUUGUGAUGAUGCACUACAUGCUUCAGGUUUAGCUUAUGCAUUGGAUGCUCAAAGUGGUGCAUUGGUUUUGCAUCAAGGUGACACGUUUGUGCAGCCUGCUGUUACUCAGGUUUUGGCUCAGCUUAUGGUUGAUGAGGAUUGCAACAGGGCCAGAACUGCUGCACCAUGGAUUCUCAAGUAG